AUGGCCGACAAUGUUUUGAGCAAUUUUAAACCCGAACAAUACGGGCAUGUGAGCUUCCGAGUUCCCGAAAGGGUCGGUGUGAACGAGCUUGAAACAAUUUAUAGAGAAACCGUAAUUGCUCGGUUUGAGGUUUUUGAGACCUACAUCAUAGCCAAAGUGACAACCACGGAGACUCAUCGGCUUCGACCGUGUUCCGAGGUUGAUUUUCGCCCAAAAAUUGUCGACAAAGUUCGAGCGAGUUUUAGAUCCGGUUCGAUGGCAAACUAG